AGAAAUAUAUAUAUAACUUUCACACUCUUCUCUCUUUCUCUUGCUUGGGGCUGAUGCAAACGUAGGUUUAAGCUUCAAGAACUGAUCGGAGAUUUAACAAACAAUGGCGAAAUGUCACCGGAACAAUAUCGGAUCUCUCAUUCUUGACCGUGCUCCUUCCACGUCUUCUUCUUCUACUAAUACUUCCGGCAACCAUUUCCGUCUCUGGAGCACCUUCUCUAGAUCCAAGUUCCGUAGGAAGAUCGUCGACGCCGUAAGUUGCGGUGGUAGCUCACGUUACCGUCACGAGCUACGACAAGAAGAAGACGAUAAGGAAAGCUACGUGACGGUGACGGUGACGGCGACGGCGAAGGCGAAGUCAACGAAAGCCAAUACGAUAGGUGCUGCGUUGAACGGCGUAGCGUUCGAGGAGAGAUCGAAGAAGCUUUGUGAUCUGUUGAAUCUAGCUGAGGUCGAAGCUGAUGUCGAGACGAAGAAUAAAGAGGAAGCGCUUGAGGUGUUGAAGCGCGUGGUCAGAGAGUUACAAUCUUCUUCUGCUGCUGCGGCGGCGCGUGGAGACGAUGAGGAAGAAGACGGUGGAGACUUUCAGAAGAAGUUAGCGGCGGCGAGUGAGGUAAGGUUGUUGGCUAAGGAAGACUCGGAGGCGAGAGUUACGCUGGCUAUGCUCGGUGCGAUUCCGCCGUUAGUUAGUAUGAUCGACGACUCGCGAAUCGUAGAUGCUCAGAUCGCUUCGCUCUACGCUCUGCUCAAUCUUGGGAUUGGUAACGACGCGAACAAAGCAGCCAUUGUUAAAGCAGGAGCUGUUCACAAAAUGCUGAAGCUAAUUGAGUCUCCAAACACACCUGAUCAAGAGAUUGCAGAAGCUGUGGUCGCCAAUUUUCUCGGAUUAAGUGCUUUGGAUUCAAACAAACCGAUCAUUGGUUCUUCGGGAGCGGUUAUCUUCCUGGUGAAAACUGUCCGGAAUUUGGAUGAAACAAGCAGCUCACAAGCGAGAGAAGAUGCUCUGAGAGCUCUCUACAACCUCUCAAUCUAUCAACCAAACGUUUCGUUCAUCCUCGAAACAGAUUUGAUCACGUAUCUCUCGAACACAUUGGGAGAUAUGGAAGUGAGCGAGAGGAUUCUUGCCAUCUUGAGCAAUCUUGUGGCAGUUCCAGAAGGAAGAAAAGCAAUCAGUUUAGUGUGUGACGCAUUCCCGGUUUUGGUUGAUGUACUGAACUGGACCGACUCACCUGGAUGCCAAGAAAAGGCCACUUACAUACUAAUGUUGAUGGCUCACAAGGGAUACGGAGAUCGACAAAUCAUGAUUGAGGCGGGUAUCGAAUCAGCGUUGCUCGAGUUAACCCUUUUAGGAAGUGCAUUGGCACAAAAGAGAGCCUCAAGAUUACUAGAAUGUCUUAGAGUAGACAAAGGGAAGCAAGUCUUGGAUAGUACCGGAUCAUGCGGAGCGUUAUCUGCACCGAUAUAUGGGACCAGAGACAAUGGUUUGAACCACGAGGAAAGCGAUUUGAUGAUGAGCGAAGAGAAGAAAGCCGUGAAGCAGUUAGUGCAACAGAGUUUACAGAGCAAUAUGAAGAGAAUCGUGAAGAGAGCUAACUUGCCACAAGACUUUGUUCCUUCAGAGCAUUUCAAGUCACUUAGUUUGAGCUCCACUUCAAAGAGCCUCCCCUUUUGAAAAAAAAAUGUGUCAUCAUGAUGCAUUUCUACAAAAAACUAAAGGAAGAUAAAAAUAGAGAGAUAGACACCUAUGAGCGGAUGAUUUAACAGGAGGAAAUAAAAGCAAUGAAAGAGUGUUGUUGCUUCGACAGAUCUCAUCAGUUUCUGAGGUAUGCGACAAAUGUGUACAGACACAAUCUAAUAUAAUGCAUAGUACUCAAGGUACGAUGUGUCGUUGUGUUGUUCAUGUGGAGUUACCUUUUUUUUCUUUUCUUUUUUGUUUGGUUAGUUGUUAAAAGUAAAAACCCCACUAGGUCUACUAGGCUUAGUGUGAAAGGUGUUUUAUAAAGUUAUGGACAUUGUUAGCUUUUACUUCAACAAGUUUUAUCAGCUUUUCUACUCUUAUUAUAUAUGGUGUAAAUAUCUUUUUUUUGGGUU